ACAGAAUUUGGUGAGUAUCUUCAAGAGUGGGUAGAAAUAUUAAAUAAAAAAGAAGAGGCAGAUAUAAUCAAUAAUCAAAAUAAUUCUGUAAAGUUAAAUAAUAGUACUCACCCAGCUUUAGAUAAAGAU